AUGGCUGAUGAGCAACGUUUUCAACAGAUCGAGGCUUCUGUCGAUCGAACAUGGGAGGAGCGCUCCGUUAAUCACGCCGACCUUGAGCGGCCCGCACGGAAUGGCGGCAAUGGAGGACCCACCAUACCUAAAUAUACAAAGCUGGAAUUUCCACGGUAUGAUAGAUCUAUGGAUCCGACAAGUUGGAUUAUGCGAGCAGAGCAAUUCUUCGAGUUUCAACAUACUCCCCAAGAAGAUCAAGCUCCAAUGGCAGCUUACCACCUAGAAGGAGAUGUCCAAUUUUGGUACCAGUUCCUUAAGGAGCAAGAAGAACCUGUCACUUGGAACCUUCUCAAGGAUGGUCUCCAUACCCGCUUUGGUCCGACCCAAUAUGAGGAUUUCUUUGUAGACCUUACGAAACUACGACAAGAGGGUAAUGUAAGGGAAUUUCAAAGUCAAUUCGAGAGGUUGCUAAGCCGCUUCAAGGGUCUGACAGUAGCACAACAAGUUAGUCUAUUUGUAAGUGGUCUUAAGGAGACCAUUCAGAUCGAAGUUAAGGCGGCUCACCCAACCACUUUAUCGGAGGCCAUUGGCUUGGCCAGAUUGUUCGAAUCCAAGAUGCAAGCCAACACCACCAUAUCAGCUAUGCCUGGAUCAACUAUGCCAAUACGCCGCCUGUCACCAACAGAAACGCAAAAAAGGCGAGACUAG